AUUAGGAGCGUGUAUAUAGUUAGGAAUCCACGCUAAACCGAUUUACGUUUAAACUCUCGGUUUUAUCUCGCUCUAAGUACCCCGGCUUAACUCGGUAUUGUGCUGUUUGACUAAGUGAACAAAUAGAUGCGAGCAGUGAUAUAUAUUGACUUUCGUUAGUGUGCCAUCCGGCGAUUAUCUUCUUAUUGUUUAUUAACCGACGACUUUUUCAUUUCAUUUUGGCAAGAAACUGAAGUAAAUGUGGCCAAACAGCCUCACAACUGGAUGCAGCCCCGACAACGAUCUAUCGUUCCCCUGUUUUGGAAGUACUGGAGGCGGAAAUUCCGGCAGUACCAUGGCAUACAAAUCCGCCUUGUAUCCCAUGCCGGGGUUGGGUUUACACGGUCUACCCGUCGAUUCGUUGCACCCAUCCAUGGCGGGGUACCCUGGAGGUAUGUGUAACCAAAGAAAACAGAGAAGGGAACGGACAACUUUUACACGAGCACAGCUGGACGUUUUGGAAGCCCUGUUUUCGAAAACUCGAUAUCCAGAUAUAUUUAUGAGAGAAGAGGUGGCCUUAAAAAUUAAUCUUCCUGAAUCCAGAGUACAGGUGUGGUUUAAGAACAGGAGAGCGAAAUGCCGACAACAACAAAAACAAGUCACGCAGCACAAUCAAUCUCAAAACUCGGAGAAAUCGGCCACAGGGGCCGGGUCUGGAAAUGCAAGGAUAAAAACGAAAAAUUCAGCGUCUACCAUUAUAACGAAAUCGGCGCCAACCACCCCACCCGUAUCUGUUAGUAGUAAUAAUAAUAAUAAUACGAGUACAAGUUCCUCUGCAAGUUCGCCCUCAGUCCACACAGCGCCGCAUCUUAGGGACAGUCCCAAUUAUGUUAAGCCUCAACUUCUAGUCACGUGUGGCAGUACUAGCUCACCUACGGUUGCUUCAACGACUUACAGUAACUCGGCAAACUCCAGCAUAUGGUCUCCAGCUUCAAUAGACUGUUUCCCAAUAGAUCAGACAAGGUGGUGCGCUUCAUCGCAGGGCAGCAUCAUGACAACGAACUCUUCGUCGAACUGCUACAAUAAUUACUACUAUUCUAACAUGGAUUACCUCAGCACCAGCGGGAUGAAUCAUUCACAGUUUGCGGAAAACGGUAUAGAGUCUAGUUGGGGAAAAACUCGAGACGAAUCAUCAUGGCUGUAUAACGGCAGCUGGGACAGGAAAUGAAACGAGCUGUUGCAAAUAUUUUCAAUUUAAAUUUAUUAUUACAUUUGUUUAGUCCUUUUGAUUAGAUAACGGUAGAUGUGCUGUCAAAAUGGGUUGAAUUUUAAAUUGAAAUUCAUUCAGAUUAAGAAGAAAUGUCUAUAAAAACUCAAGACCUGAUUUCAAAUAUUUCUUCAGAAAAAGCAAAAUACGAAUAUUCAGAAAGAAAAUAUUGUGUCAGUUGCCUUAAGGCACACAAUUUUGCACUUUACUAUCAAAUGGCAAUUCUGUUAAUUGUAAUAGAGAAAAUUAAUUUUCUGAUAAUUUGCACAAUCGAAACUUUGUAAAUAGGCGGUUCAACUAUGAAAAAAUCAAAAUUAAAAAAAAAAAAAAUAUAGCCUAUAACAUUAGGGAGGGAAUUUACACACUCUAAUUUUCCAAUUAAACAUGUUUUGUUUAGAAUAUUAAAGAUUUUAAACAAAACAAAUUUAAAAAGUAUUUUCAAAUUUAAAUGCAAUGAUUCAUGAAAUCCCAUAAACUUGUGUUGUCUUUAAAAUCUGCUCCCCAGAAAAUUUAUUCUCAAAAUUUUAUAACUACCUACAUAUAAGUACUAUAUUUUGUCGAGUUUCAGGCACAUUUUAAUACUAAAAACACCUUCAAGUUUAUGUCGCCUUACAUUUUCAAAAAGUGGUUUCGAAUUUAAAAACUUUCAAAAACAAAUUUUGAAAGUAUUUUAAAAUUCAGAACAAGUGUGCAACAAAAUCUUCAAGAUUUUGAUUUUCUCACUUUUCUAGCAACACUUUUUAAAAUGUAACAUAGCUUACUAUUUGAAAAAUGGUUUUAAAUUAAAAAACUUUCAAAUAGGUAGGUAGGUAAUUGAAAAGUAUGUUGAAAUUGAGAAACAGUGUAGAAAACCAAAGUAUACCUUUAUAAGUAGGUACUUUAACAACAACUGGGUAUUUUGCGAUUUAAACAUUUGAAAUUUCUUCUUACUCUAUAAUAUACAUUGCAGAAAAUCCAUCUUUUAAAUGAUGUGAAUAUUUCGUAGAUUUGAGGAAUAUUCAAAAUGAGUUUUGAGCUGGAAAAAUAACUUUUGUACAAUAUUAAAAGUUAGAAAUUUUCAAUAUUUUACAAUUUACAUAAUGGCCUAAAUUUGGCAGCAUAGAUACCUACUAUACAAAUUACUCGAAAAGUGUUUGAGUUAUUUGUUUAGGGCAAUUUUUAAAGUGCAAGCAUUCCAUAUCACGUUUUAGUUAAAAAUUGUAAAUAAUAAGUUUAUCUACUCAUUAAAGAAAAUAUUGUAAAUAGAUCCCUUAGAUUUAUUGACCAAAUAACAAUAAUUUUGACGAAUUUAAAUGAUUGUGUGUGUAAUACUUGGAAGAAAUAAAUAAACUUGACAUUUUUUUAGAUUGUGCCAAAAAUAUAUAUGGUCAUCGAAACUAAUAUCUUUCGUAAUUUUUUAACUCGUGUACAUAUCUGUUUAGUAUGUAACGGUGUAAAUUUGUUCAGUGAUCGUUAGGAUUAAAUUUCUAGCUUAAGGUGAAUAGAUAAUUUGCUCCAAUCAGAACAAAAUUUAGAAAUCAGUCGAAUUCCGCCUAAUUUCAUAUAUUUCUGAUUCUUGUUGGAACAAACCUUACUUACAUAGCACAGGUUUUUUCUGGGAUUUAUGAAGUCAUUCAAGUAUAUAAGGCCUAUAAUAUUUAUUACUGGCUAUUUUUUUGAACUUAAAUUCAAUAUGAUCAAAAAACCUUAAUUACUUGAAUAACUGAAACUGUAAGUUUAAAAGUCCUAAGUAUUAGGCUGAAGUAAAAAUCUUAACCAGUUUAAGUAAAAGUGAUAAAAUUGUAUAGUUUCAACCAUCCUGUAGCUAUGUUGGUAAGUAGAAUAAAGGAAAAUAGAAAAAACGAUUUUCAGAUAAUAAAGUAACAAGUAACUUAAAUAGAAAGAAUAAAAUAAAUAGUUGAUCUCGAUUUCG